AUGGCCAUCGCAAGGCCGGUCCGCGCCCUCGGGCUGGCGGCCGUGUUGAUGUGGUGUUUCUUUCUCUAUACCAUAUGGCGUCCGUCGACCCCUCUAGGGCCCGGCGACUCGCUGAAGAACCUGGAGAGAGAUCCGAACCUAGACCCCACGGGAGAGCCAGAAGGAACCCUGAUACGGGCUUCUGCCGCCUAUGCGCCGGACGCCAACCCCUCGGGGCGAAUCAAUGCGACGCUCCUGGCCCUGGUGCGAAACGAGGAGCUGCCGGGCAUGCUCCAAGCCAUGACCGACCUGGAGCGGACGUGGAAUCACAAGUUCAACUACCCUUGGACAUUCUUCAACGACGUCCCGUUCACCGAGGAGUUCAAGAAGAAGACACAGGCGGCCACCAAUGCCGAGUGCAGAUACGAGGUCAUCCCCGAUGAGCAUUGGGACACGCCGUCAUGGAUCAACGAAGAUCUGUACCGGGAGUCGGUCAAGAUCCUUGAGGAGAACAAAAUCCAGUAUGCCGACAAGAUCUCGUACCACAAGAUGUGCCGAUGGAACAGUGGUCUCUUUUACAAGCACCCAGCACUCGAGCACACACAGUUCUAUUGGCGUGUCGAGCCCAACGUCCAUUUCUUCUGCGAUGUCGAUUACGAUGUGUUCCGGUACAUGCAGGACCACAACAAGACCUACGGCUUCACCAUCAACCUGUACGACGCGCCCGCUUCCGUGCCCACCCUGUGGCCCGAGACAACCAAGUUCAUUGCCCAGCAUCCAGAGUAUCUGCACAAGAACAAUGCGCUGGACUGGGUAACUGACAAGGCUCGUCGCCCGAGCCACAACAUGGAGGCCAACGGCUAUUCGACCUGCCACUUCUGGAGCAACUUUGAGAUUGGCGACAUGAACUUCUGGCGAAGCCAGCCUUACGAGGACUACUUCAACCACCUGGAUAGAGCCGGUGGAUUCUUCUACGAGAGAUGGGGUGAUGCGCCCGUGCACAGUAUCGCCCUCGGCCUGUUCGAGGAUAAGAGCAAGAUCCACUGGUUCCGUGAUAUUGGUUACCAGCAUAUUCCCUUCUUCAACUGCCCCAACUCGCCAAAGUGCAAGGGAUGUGUAACUGGCCGCUUCACCGACGGCGAGGCCUGGCUGAACAAGGAGGACUGCCGGCCCAACUGGUUCAAGUAUGUCGGCAUGGGCUAG